UGAGAUGUGGUUAUCAGCAAUUGUUUUGUCUUUACGAGAGCUUUUAUGGAGGUGCUAAGUGCAUGGAUACAUUGUAGUUAUUGGGAACGUUCAUUUAGUAAAGUCAACAAACGUAGGCUAUGGCAUAGCAGAUGGAUGAACUGUAUCUCUCUAAAAAUGUAGAAGCCAGACGAUCUUACACAAUUCUGGUGGAAAUCUGGAAACAACAGCUUCACCAAGUGCCAGAUCAGCUACAGACAUCGGCGAUCACCGUUCUCAAUUCAUUCCUUUGCUUGGAUGCUCUAAAAAAAAAAGCUACACUAUCCUAGUCUUUCACCGUGACCCAUCUGUUCAGGCUCUCCAAGUAGGUAGCUUUGGGUCUACCCUUGCCUCGUUUGCCUUCAAUUUUGCCAGUGAGAGCUAGAUGUCCAAGGCCUUUAAGUCAUCAAAAUCUGACAAAUUGUAUCACAUUUUGGGAUUAAUUUCAAACAUGGAUGUGUACUGUAUUCCUGGAUAAAGUAGAAAAUAAUUCACGAACUAAAGGAGCAAUGUAUUGAUGAAGAAACAAAACUCUGAGACAAGAUAAAAAAAGAAAAAGUCAAUCCAGCAUGAGUGUUCGGGUCAGAAUUACCAGUGACAACGACAUGUCUGAAGACGACCGAGGAGAUGUAAUGUCGUCUGCUGCCAGCAGCCAGCUACCGCCCCCUCCCGUGCAGAACCCAGAAAACGAUGACGCAAUUCCUGAGGCAUUUACGGAACCUCCCAGGGGACAAAGGAGCUGGUUCGGGAGGAAAAAGAAAGUCCAAACAGACGAGAAGACAGCCUUGUUGCCAGUGUCCACAAGCAUGAAUAAGAGCAAAACGAGUAGCGAGUACCUCAAGCUUAUCAUGGAUUACAUACAACGAACCUGCUUAAACAAAGCCAUACUCAAGGCCCGGAUGAAGAGCUUCCUCUCAAAGAUAGAC